AUGCCGAAUCUCGAGUCCUUAAUGUGUCGCCACAUUAGUGAGUUUAUCAAGACGAUUGGAUCACGAGAAGGACCGUUUGAUGUAGCAGUUGCAUGCCGCGCCCUUGAGGCGGAUAUUAUAUGUGCGUUUACCUUCAUUUGGACUCUCACCAGUGCUCUGCUGAACAUCUUUGAAGCCGAAUUCUCCUUUGGAAAGACCAUUGGAGCCAUCCGGGCAUGGAAUAAAGGCCAGAUUCUAGACACCAUUUCCAAAAACGAUGAAAAGGCAAGCUUGAUGCCGUUGCUUACACAUUACCCGCUACUGUACAAAUUUUGGACUCUCUGGGAGUAUCUAAAAUGUCAGAUACAAGAGACCGAAGCUACCUCGUAUUUACAAGGGCUCGAACAAUUUGACAAGUGGUCAUAUGAGGCAUGGGGUUCCAACUUCGACAUUCAAAAGCCAAUCAAGUCGCCAUUUCCGAAUCUCAUUCGAUCAAUGGUCGCCGCUGGCUUAGCACCGCAAACUGCACUUUCGGAAGCAAAGGAGAACAUGGGGCCGGGAACUGACACGACCUCUGGAUCUUUGGCGCAUAUUCUAUACGCACUUUCACACAAUCCCCAGUACCAAGAACUUUUGUAUAACGAUAUUUCCAGAGAAGAGUUUACAGCGGACAUGUCAAGGCUGGAAAACAUCCCUCGGCUGAAAGCCUGCGUCAAAGAAGGGGUUCGAUGGGCUGGCACAGCGGCCGCCAUGCUUCCAUGCAUCGUUCCAGCCGGUGGUGUGGAGCUUCAUGGCCAAGUAAUACCCGAAGGAACUGUGCUGACAUCUUCUCCAACUUGGUACCUGCGAGAUGCGGAAGCAUUCCCCGAGCCUGACCUGUUCAACCCAUAUCGAUGGAUAGAUGAAACGGGGCGCCUAACGGAGAACAAACUAAGGGACCAGUUUUACAUACCAUUUUCCAAGGGCACAAAUGUGUGCAUUGGGCUUCACUUCUCUUACUACGAAAUAUAUGUUAGUGUCGCAAAAGUUAUUGAAAACUUUCUCAUUCUACCGCAAGAUGCCCCAGAAUGUGUCCCAGUCGAACGGCAAGCAGUUCGUGACUGGAACCUGGUGCAGCUGCCUAGACGAAAGGAAUGGGUUGCAGCGGUCUUAUUAGACCCUUUAUUGAUUAAGCUUGUUCCUCGAUGA